AUGGAAUCUGAUCUUCCCUUUGGAGGAAAAACAAUUGUUUUUGGCGGUGAUUUUCGGCAAAUCCUGCCUGUUAUUGAACAUCUACCUCCACCAGAUUUGGUCCAAUCAACUCUUUUAUGCUCGCAUUUAUGGUCUCAUAUGUGUAAACUACAACUAGGAACAAAUAUGAGAGCUGCUUUAGAUCCAGCAUUUUCAGCUUUUUUGCUUAGAGUUGGAGAAGGUGUUGAACCUGUUGAUGAACAUGGUCAAAUAUCUCUAUCACCUCAUAUGGUUAUUCCUUAUCAAAACAAACAAGAAUCACUUGACAGAUGUGUCAUUUGUCCCAAAAAUUCUUCAGUGGAUGAAAUUAAUGAGAUGAUGAUUGCAAAAUUCCCUGGAUGUCUUCACAGAUAUGUAAGCUGUGAUAGAAUUGUUGAUAGGAGAUAUCAAGCGGAUUAUCAGGACUUUCUAAAUUCUCUGAACCCAAAAGGUCUGCCUCCUCAUGAACUCUUGCUCAAAGAAAACUGUCCUAUAAUACUCCUCAGAAAUGUGAAUCCAACGGAUGGUCUUUGCAAUGGCACCAGAUUAAUUUGUAGACAAUUGGCUGACCACACAAUUUCUGCCGAAAUUGUCUCUGGUCCUUAA